AAACUCCGCUACGAGACUCCACUGUCCCUGCUUGAAACGCGAGGUGGUAGUACUCGGUGGCGGAUCGGAAAAAAGUUUUACUUUUCGGAUAAUACUCAAUCGGUUGUAGAUUCGAGGUUUUCAAUUUUGUGACUAACAGCUUGAUUCUACUUGAUGGGUCAUAAGAAAGUUUUUAAUUUCCAAUUAUACGGCUCGGAGACGGAUCAGGAGAACUUGUUACUUUGUCGUUAAAGGACGGAUUUUAAACGUGAUGUGCUUAGGAAGAAAGAAUAAAGGCAGAAAAAUAAGAGAAAAAUUCAGAUUACGUUACUGAGCAACCUUCUCGACACAAAAUUGCAGAAUUAUGUUCAGUUGCAUAAAUUGUGAUGUGUGUCCACGUAUGUAUGCGGUAAUGGCUGUGAACAUCAGUGAUCAACGUUAUAUUGUUGUUUGCACACAAAAUUGCUGAAUGUGAGCGCAAAAGUUAUUUAUUGCCAGUUGGAAUGGAAAUUGUCAAUCGUUACAACACGGUAGACGAAAGGUGCAGCGCAGAGGAGAAUAUAAUGAGCGACGAAACUGUUGGUGUGGUCUUGGAGGAGGCAGAGAUAAUGGACUGUGACGCUGAUGUUGAGGCUGACGACGACAACAUACAGUAUCAUCUGUACACGGUGAACAGAGGUGACAAUGCAGUGGCAUACAAAGUUAUGCAUGUUAAUGAUAAUCACGGAGAAAACAGUGAGCUUUCCAUAGCUACUCCUCUGCACAACACCGUCCAAGUGUUGACUUCUCCUUUAAACGGGCAAUUGUACGUACUCAGCAAUGGCUCGGCGAGUGAUGUCGCAACAUCGGAGUCUGCGAAAACAGUUUCAUCACGUGUAACCAAAUUGCAGAUAAAAGGAUCGCAAAGUAUCGUCACAGGCGUGAAGAAGAGGGACGAGAGGCGAAGAGUAACUCAUAACGAAAUUGAGAGGCGUCGAAGGGGCAAGAUCAGCAACUGGAUCUCAAAGUUGGGAAAACUUUUGGCAGAUUGCGAUCAAGGUGUGGACAAAGAGGGAGACGCCAAGACAAACUGUGAAUCACAAAGUACAGGGGGUAUACUGGCACGAGCCUGUGAGUACAUUACGGAAUUAAGAGAGGCCAAUGAGAAGUUGGCCCAAAGUAUGGACGAAAGCGCAGAAUUAAUGGAGGAAGCUAAAAAUCUUCGACAGCUCGUGCUAGAGAACGAAAAUCAUGCUCCUGGUGGAUCUCUUCGAAUUGGACUGGACAAAGAUAAACGAGUCUUUUGCGUUGCGAGAAGGCAUAGCUACCGAUCGACCCACUUCGCCUGAAGUGAAUCGUACAGGCUUAUUUUCGAGUGUUCAAGGUCAACGUACGCGUCCACACGCGCACGCGCGUGCAUCUGGCAAGGACCAAUCUCCUUUUCAACUCCUCGUGCUCGUCGUCUAUCGAUCGUGGUAGAGAUCCAUGACGGCAAAAUAAAAAUUGUUUUAAUAAACAGUGGAAUCAGAAACGUCAUUAGCGGGACGUGAUAUCGAUUCGGAAAUAAAUUCCGCGUUACUUCGGC